AUGAAGGGCAUCGGCAAGGCCUUCUCGCGGACACCGCACAUGCUCACUUCCAAGAUCGGCAUGUCCAAGAAGUCUAGCGACCCCGAAUUCGACGACUAUGCAAACCGCUUCGAGUCCAUCGAGAAGGCGACCGAGAAGCUCCUCAAGGACAGCAAGGGCUACUCCGAGGCCGUCGCGAACCUGUUCACCAACGCCGUCGACUUUGGCACCCACUGGGCCACCAUCUUCCAUCCACUCGGGGGCGAGUACGGACUGGAAUCAAGGCACCCGGAAGCGGAGCCCACCAUUGCCCAUGUCGACAGUUAUGCCGCAGUCAUGGAGGACCUCAAGUCCUCGGUCGUCCCUGAGCUGGAGCUUAUAGAGUCCAGGGUCGUUGGCCCGAUCAAGGAGUUCCAGGGCAUCCUGAAGGCCAUCCGGAAGAGCAUCACUAAGCGACAGCACAAGCUUGUCGACUUCGACCGUCAUAACAACUCGCUCUCGAAACUGAGGGACAAGAAGGACAAGUCACUCAGCGAUGAGAAGAACUUGUUCAAGCUGGAGCAAGACUUUGAGAUCGCGUCGAACGAGUACGAUUUUAUCAACACCGCGAUGAAGAACGAGCUUCCCCGAUUCCUCAUUCAAGCCGCCCAGUUCAUCGAUCCCCUCUUCCACUCGUUCUACUACAUGCAGCUGAACAUCUUUUACCUCCUCCUCGACAAGCUCAACGGGUUCGCAGAGGGCAAAUACGACGUCUCCAUCCCCGCUGCGCAGAUCGCGAGCGACUACGAAGGCCGCCGCUCCGACGCCCUCGAACGCGUCGAGGCCCUCAAUAUCACGUCCCGCAUCCUCUCCACAUCACGGAUGGUCCAAGCGAACCGCUCCGCCUCCGGCAACAGCACGCUCAGCCCCAGCGGCUCCACCCUCGGCCGCGCAACCUCGACCGCGUCGACCGCCUCCGCCGCCUCGCGCUCACCGUCCAGCUUCAAGAAGGCCCUCCCGCCGCCCUCGCCCACGCUCACCCCGUCCGCCGCGCCGCCGCCGUACUCACCAUCUCCCUCUGGUUCGAGCUUCGGCGCUGCCGCUGUGGCGAAGAAAGCCCCGCCGCCACCUCCGCCGCUGAAGCCAAAGCCGAAGGCGGCGCCGGCGGUACAGUACGUCGUCGCGCUGUACGACUUCGCGGCGCAGGCGGACGGCGACCUCGACUUCCGUGCCGGAGACCGGAUCGAGGUCGUGGAGCGGACGGAGAGCACGGAGGAUUGGUGGACAGGGAAGCUGCACGGGCGGCAGGGCGUGUUCCCAGGGAACUACGUUCAGGACACGUGA